AUGAUAAAAGUAUUUGAUGCAUCAUCAAAGCCACCUACUCCUUCCUAUGGUCUUCUAGCCAUCGUGUACGAUAAUGAUGUGCCUCUAGCUAACAUCGAUAAAGCUGCUACCCUAUAA